UUUAUUGUCAUGAUUCAAUUAAAAGUCACUUCCGGUCUAAGUUUUUCAAUUUUUUCUAGUUGGACAUUCUUCUAGUCAGUUUCUUGUCGUCCAAUAUGCAUCCAGCGGUUCCCAUAGCCUUGGUGUUCAUAGGAUGCUGUAGUAAUGUCGUAUUCCUUGAAUUAUUGGUCAAGGGUAACAGCAACUCAGGAAACAUUGUGACAUUUGCUCAGUUCUUAUUUAUUGCUCUCGAGGGGUUUGUCUUCUAUGCAGAUUUUGGCAGGAAAAGUUCUGCCAUUCCUAUGAAAAACUAUUUGAUUAUGGUUUUUAUGUUCUUUGCUGUGCAAGUUAUAAACAACUGGGCCUUUAGUUUCAACAUAUCCCCACCGUUGCACAUGAUAUUUAGAGCUGGUUCUCUUAUGGCAAACAUGGUGCUUGGAAUAAUACUCCUGAAGAAAAGGUAUAAACUAUCAAAGUACCUAUCAGUAUUGAUGAUCUCUGCUGGUAUAGCAAUCUGCACUAUAGCAUCAGCUGGGGAUGUGAAAUCACAUGGCAGUAGCUCUGAAAGUGCAGAGGAUAAAUUAUAUGAAUACACUAGAUGGCUUAUAGGUAUCUCAAUGUUGCUGUUUGCACUGUUCAUGUCAGCCAGAAUGGGUAUCUUCCAGGAGACAAUGUAUGCAAAGUGGGGCAAACACCCUAAAGAGGCCUUGUUUUACAAUCAUGCUCUACCUCUGCCUGGGUUCUUACUGCUCUCAACGGAUAUAUAUUCAACUGCCGUAGAGUUCAACAAUUCAGAGCCAAUUAAUGUACUAGGGAUCCCUAUACCAUGUCUCUGGCUGUACCUGGCUGGGAAUGUCAUCACACAAUACAUCUGCAUAAGAUCUGUGUUCAUAUUGACAACAGAAUGUCAGUCUCUGACUGUCACCUUAGUAGUCACCCUGAGGAAGUUUGUUAGUCUCAUAUUCUCAAUAAUGUACUUUAAAAACCCAUUCACUACAAACCAUUGGAUGGGAGCGACUCUUGUGUUUGGAGGAACUUUGAUAUUUACAGAGACAUUUACCAUGAUUUGGAAAUCACUAGGAUUCGGUGAAAAGAAGAAGGCAGACUAGAACAACUUGCAUUUCAGAUAAUUUGAAUGAGGCAAUAUUAUCUUAUGCUGCGAACAAUCAAAGUUAUUGAUCUACAUUAUGCUGCAUUUGACUUAAACUUUAAUUUUAUAUUAAUUGAUUAACAUUAAUUAACUUAACUGCCAUUUUAACAAUUAACCUAUUGGCAGCAAUUGACACCUAUUUUAUCAGUUUUCAUGUCACCACCAAAUGUGGGAUUGUUAUGGUCCCAAAC